AUGUCCUCUCUUCAAUCUGCCAUCCAGGCAUCAGGUUGCCUGCGAGCUGUCGCCGAAGACUUGUGCAUCGACACAUCUUGCGUCCAGUUCUGCGCCACCCUCCAGGUGGUGCUAGCAGACAUCGUCAAGUGGCUCCGGACAUUGCCCGACGAUGGAGACUCGGAGCGAGAGGCGACUGCACUCCUCAAUCAAUUAGAGGGCCUCUGUCAGCCGCAAGAUGCAGGACAGGCUGCAACCUUACCGGAGGGUCCUUACUCAGGCCUUGACCUGCUCAUGGCUGACGCUGAAGCUGUGAUACCGACGAUUCGCAACUUGGCCAGUUCCAAGGCAUGCCAACGACAACGGAGGACUGUUUUGGCUUGCCUCGAGUCAUUUCUGCCUCAAAUUUCUGAAGAGAAAAUCGCCGUCUCACCUUCCGAUGCCGAUCUCCGCGCAGCAAGCGAUGAUCCACCAGAGUAUGGUAGAGAGAUAGUGUCUCUUCACCGGGCUCUCUUCGCGCACUGCUGCUGUGCAAAGUCCGAAAAAGUUGUUGCCCAUAUUAGACUGCACAACAGUGUUCAAGACGAUACCAAGGUAACAUUCGGGGUCAUAUUCAAGGCGCACCCACACCAUGAUGGGUGUGGCUCUGAUUGCCCACCCUGGUGGCAAGACACGCAGAUAUCUGUACAGCGAACAGUAACUUUUGAAGACCACUCCACAUGUCAAUUUGAGCAAGUUGGGCUUGAUUCAGAUCCUUCUUUCUGUACAUACAUCUCAACACAAGAGGAGCAAGGCCUAGUGCUCUUGUACUUUUCGGUCCUGGGUCAGAGGCUCUACUUUGAAACUCACGAUGACCCCCCAAGACUCUGGGAGCUCGACAGACCUAGUAUAUCCCUCGGUCGGCUUCUGGGAGAGAUAUGUGAGUCAGGCAACGACCUGACCGAAAAGAUGAAGGAGGUCCUCUCAUGGCUCUUGGUCAAAGCUGUUUGGCAGUAUUACAGCUCUCCGUGGAUGCGUGAGCCAUGGAACAAGGAGAGCGUGCAUUUCCUUUUCGAAAGACGAAGAACAGAUGAAGGUGAAGAACUCACGGGCAUCUUUGUCAACGAGCCUCUUCUUUCCGUCUCCAUCGUUCCCAACCCACGCGGGACUGAGACCAGCGACCCAGGAUAUCAGAUUGCACCAGGCGUUAAGAAACCAGGUCGCCCGCUACUUUUUGGGAGACCACUUCACCCAAUACCCAAGAUCCUGGCUCUCGGUGUCAUGCUGAUUGAGAUCCAACUUGGGCGGCCGAUAGAAAGCCUUUACGGUGAGGCCGAAUGGUCUCAAUAUUGUCCCAAAGGCAAGGCGAACCCAAACACCAACUUCAAGAUCUGCAGGGACCUGAUCGCAAAGCCACAUUUCUUUGCAGACAUCUCAGAUCCUCUGGAAAAUCUCAUCAAGAACUGUAUUCAACCGAAUAACCUUUUCGUGCCACCACAUGUCAAGGACGAAGAAGGUAUCCGAGAAGCAUUGUACGGGUUGGUUAAUCGGCUUGAGGUUUAUCUUUCCAAAAGGAAGCCGAAUAGCGUGAAGCCAUUGAGCCUGCCACGAAUUUCUACCUCGGACAAGGCGUCAAUGCCCAAGUUGACUUCUCCGCCAAUGUCUGCGCCGGCCAGACCGUCAGUGUCUCGAGUGCUUGCUAGCAGCCAAUAUCGAGUAGGCCCUCCAAAGACAGAACCGCAUCCCUUCAUUCAGGCCUGA